UACCCUGUAAAACAACACCUGUUGAUGCCUUCGAGUGAUUUCCAGCGUCUUCACCACAGGGCGGAGCUACAACCGUGUUUUUACAACGCAAGCCUGACGUCUGCAGACACCAAGCGCCAUCUGUUUACCUUCUCGUCCCUGCCUUAAUCAAAACGUCGGACGACAGUGAAAUAUGGUGACCAAGCGAAUUAGGUCGGAAUACAUGAAGAAAUUUAAAGACCCGAAAUGGGACACUUACGCAAAGUGUUAUGAGGAUUUGCUGAAAUACAGACUGUCAAGGCGGCUGCUGGAGCAGGCGCACAAGCCGUGGUUUUGGGGGGAAUGGGGGAGCGAGACGGCCUCCAGUGGUAAAUCUACACCUCUGAGUCGGAAUAAAGUUGAACCUCUGAAGACCCUUGAUGAGAAACCUGAGCGAUCUGCUUGUGUGACUCCAGAACCAGCAGCUGAAGCUGAAACACAGGCCACAGAAGUGCAGGAGAGAGAGCAUGCAGAGACCAAUUUAGUUCCCUGUGAUGCUGAGGUGGCUCAUCCAGAAGGACAGGAAGAACGAGACAGAGAACGCUCUCCUGCUGUCAACCCAGACACUGACACACAGAUCCAGAACACGCCAAAGAGCAAACUCCGCUCUUCACACAAGUACACAAGAUCAAAGGUCAAACCUCAGGCCCCCAAAGACCCCGACAAAGAGAACCGUCACCCCUUUGCCCUGUAUGGAGCAGGAGAGAAGCAGACUGACAUGGCUUUAAAGAAAACACAUAAUGUCGGUCCUGCAGCUUCAACCGCAGAGAUCCACGAGUCAGCCCUGCGAGCAAAAACCAGACGGGAGGUUGAAAAACAGAUGAAGAGAUUUGACAAGCAAAGAGCCAGAUCUGCUGACUUGGAAAAGAGCAGAAAUAAAAUCAUCCCCGAUUUCAAUCCCUGGAUGACAGAGUACAUGCGCUGCUUUUCUGCUCGCUCUCGGUAGUACCGAUUCAGAUCUUUUUUUUUUUUGAAAACAUCCGAGACCAUCUAAACCUCUCAGGCUCCACAUGAUGACUGGAACAUCGGUCCAGUUCGCUCGGUGUCUUCCACGAUGGAACUUACAAUGAUUUAAACUCAGAUUAUAACUCAAGGCGUUUCAGGCGUUUAUUUACACCAUGGAUAUGAUGCAUUUUACUGGUACAUAUCAAACAUGAAAACACAGUUCAUUGAUGCUGCAGGACGAACAAUCACAUGCCCUAAUGCGUGAUUUUGAAAGUACAGGCCAUGAGGUUUACCAGUGUCUCUUUACACUCUGAGCCAAACAGCAACUUCAAAAGUGUUCAGUAAUUGUCAGACAAUUAUAGAAAUACGAUAUUGGUGUAUUGUAAUGUUGUGUAUUAUUGAUACAUUGUGUUUAUAUCGAUUCGCAUUUAGGAUUAAAUGUAAAGAAAUCUGUUUUAUACUUCACUUAAAUCAAUUGAGCCAACAUUUGUGGUGUUAAAUAAGCAACACUUUGAUUCAUCCAUUAUAUUAAUAUCUGCUUUUUUUGAUAUGAGCUUUUACUUGUACAUUUACACCAAUGGUGCGUUCCACCUUGUAUUAGAUCAGAACAGUAAUUCAUAUCAUUAUGUAAUGUUCAGUAUCAUUAUGUAAUGUAAAAAGUCACUGGUAUCUGAAGCAUGAAACAUACACAGCAAAAUGACAAAUCAUGUUUGAAUGAGAUCAUACACAGCAAAAGCAAGUCUAGCUGCUUAUCAAGCAUAUUUGUUUCCAUUUAUUGAUGUCAUUUGGUUUUUUAGUAGCACUCAGGUAUUUCUUGUUGUAUUUUGUGUAAUUUAUGAAUAGGGAAAGAUGAGACUGGGAUAUUUGUACACUAUUUAUAUAAGGUUAUUGAACUAAUUUUGACUUAUUUCCACUCACAUCAUAUCAUUAAAGUCAGUUCCGGCUUGUGUUAUAUAUAGCAGUGUUUCUCAACCACGUUCCUGGAGGAACACCAACACUGCAUGUUUUGGAUGUCUCCUAUAUCCGUCACACCCAUGACAGGUCUUUCAGUAUCUGCUAAUGAGCUGAUGAUCUGAAUCAGGUGUGUUUGGUUUGGGAGAUGUGCAGAGUUGGUGGUCAAGGAGGAACGUGGUCGAGAAACACUGACGUAUAGGAUUGACUUUAAUGUACUGUUUAAGCCAUAAUGCUUCAUUAUGAGGAUGAAUAUCUAUUUUAAUGUGUGAUUUGGAUUUGAGGGUAUUAAAGUUACUAAAACUGAUAUGUGUUUACAUGGGAUGGGACGUUUUUGAAGCACUUACGUUAUGAGGACCAAGAUAAUGGUGGUAAAUGUGCCAUUAUGUUUAGUCUUAACACAAUGCUGUUCAGAAGUUACUGAUGUGUUAAAUAAUUAAAAACGUGUUGGGUUAUAAUGCAUAUUAUUGAUGUAAAAGUAGUUUUCAUGUUCGUUUGUAGUUGAGGACAGCUUGUAUAAAGACCAUCCAUUAAAAAAAGACACUCUAUUCUGCCUAAUGCACUAAACGUCAGAUUUGUAUAUCACAAAUUCAUUAUAACAUGCUGUUUUGGAUACUGCCUACCUGCCAAAAAUACAAAGAAACACUGUUUAAAUGUC